GGACCCUGUGGGGCCUGGUUCGAAUCGACUGCAGGCGUCGUCCUGACCGUUGGGGCUGGUUGCUGUACACCAUUGUCAUGGGCUCGGCUACAAAGUGUUCUCGAGCGUCCUCACUGGGAAAGGGGGGGAAUGUGGAAUUGAAUUGAAUGAACAUGAGGAACAAGACAAGAUCGUUUUUGAGGAAUCAACCGCCCAAUUAUUGUUCCCGCUUAGGUACCUUACCUUACCUUACCUUACACCUUACCCUAGCUACUCAACCCCUUGUCUGUCACCUUCCUUGCCUUAUUCUUCCUUGGUUCUCUCAAACCUCAUCCGACCACGCAAUCCAUCCAUCUUCUGCCUUCCCCCAUCACCCUGUCAAAUUAAAUCCCUUCAAAUUCCGCCAAAAGUCGGAUCCAUCCAUUCAAGAACUUUAAUCUAUUUUGUUUGCGAAUCCCUGACAAAGCCACCAAGAACCCCAUCAUCUACCACCUAUCCUCCUCGAAGUCUGCAUCAUGGCUGCUACCAAAAAAAGCCUUUGUGCCAUAGCAGCGGACCCCAUCGAGUUCCCCGCCGAUGCCAACACCCUGGAUUACGCCCGCUCCGAGGAUGCCAAAUGCCCGAUUCGGCACAUGCGUGAGCACUUUAUUUUCCCCACCCGUGCGUCGCUGAAGAAGAAGGCUCUUGAUGGACGUCUACCAGCAUAUCCACCUAACCAUGCCAAACCUGGAGAGACUGCCACAGCCCAAAACGGCAUCUCCAACAACGCUGAUAUCAACGACGACAAUGUCACACCUGCCGUCUACUUUUGUGGCAACUCGCUUGGCCUGCAGCCCAAGGCCACUAGAGAUUACAUCAAUGCUCAGUUGGAGACCUGGGCGUCCAUUGGUGUUCAUGGCCACUUUACCCCCUGGGACAACUCGCCGCUGAAAUGCUGGCAGGAUAUGGCCGCUGAUUGUGCCGUCCAGUCGGCAGCCGUUGUCGGCGCCAGCCCGGACGAGAUCGCCAUCAUGAACACCCUGACUGCCAACCUGCAUUUCAUGAUGGCUUCCUUCUACCGUCCCAGUGAGAAGCGUCACAAGAUCAUUUCAGAGUGGAAGCCCUUUCCGAGUGACACUUACGCCAUCGCCUCCCAGAUCCAAUGGCAUGGUCUCGACACCGCCACCUCCCUGGUUGAGCUCCACCCAGAUGAGAAUUACUACAUCUCAACCGAAAAGAUCCUCGCCACCAUCGAUGAGCACGCCGACAGCACAGCCCUCCUGCUCCUGCCCGGAAUCCAGUACUGGAGUGGGCAGCUCUUCGAUAUGCCGCUGAUAACGGCCCACGCCCGCGCCAAAGGCAUCGUGGUUGGCUGGGACCUUGCCCACGCCGUCGGCAAUGUGCCUCUGAGCCUGCACGAUUGGGAUGUCGACUUUGCCGUCUGGUGCACUUACAAGUACCUCAACGCUGGGCCCGGUGCCAUAGCCGGUGCUUUUGUCCACGAGAGGCAUGGCAAGGUCGACAGCGAUGGCUUCAAGCAGCGAUUGUCUGGCUGGUACGGCAACAACAAGACAACACGUUUCAAUAUGGCCAAGGAGUUUGAUCCUACCCCUGGCGCCCAGGGUUGGGUCGUGAGCAACCCGUCGGGCAUCGAUCUCGCUAGCUUGAGCGCCGCCUUAUCCGUGUAUAAUCUGACCACCCCGGCCGACCUGAGGACAAAGUCUCUGCGGCUGACAGCUUACGCAGAGCACCUGCUCAACGGCAUCCUCAAGGAUGAGGCUGCCUCUUCUGUGGGUGAUGGGAAGAAGGAGCCCGCAUUUAGAAUCAUCACCCCUUCGAACAAAAACGAGCGCGGCGCUCAGCUGAGCGUGCUCCUUAGGGAAGGGCUAUUGGACGCUGUCGGUGAAAAGAUGGAGGCCGCCGGUGUUGUGUGCGACAGGCGCAAGCCCGACGUGAUGCGUGUGGCGCCGGUACCCAUGUACAACUCGUACGAGGACGUAUGGAGGUGCGCUGAUGCACUUAGGAAGGCUGUCAUGUCAUGAUAGUAAAUCACAUGCGAUCUAUUUAGUGCUGGUCUUUUUCUCUCUCUCUCUCUCUGUCUCUGUCUCUCCCCCCCCCCCCCCCCCCCCCCUUUUUUAUCC